CAAAGAGAAGCUAAACAGUUUUUUUUUUGGCCUAAACGUCGCCAGUUCGAUUCCUAUGUCUCGCGCAAUGAAUUUCCCCUCCUUUCCUAUUUCUUUCAACUCCCUUUUCUACUUAUCGUUUUUCCACUUCUGAUCUCUAUUUUGUUUUGUUUUUUUUUUCCUUUGGGGAUUCGUAAAUUAGUGACGAAACUGGCGUCCUUCCUACAAUCGUUCUCGUCUUCCAUUUUCAUAUUCAAGAGCAAUGCACGAACGUAAGAACCCACAUUUUACGUAUAAAACUGCCAGCUCCAUCAACAACGCACGGCGCAGGGUAGGCAGUGGAGAUUGAAAUCGAACAGAUCUCUCCUCAAGUUUCUGACGUUGAAGUGGAUUUCACUGCUGUGUGCCACGGACCGAGCUUACUCUAAGACAAUUCGGCUUCUUCCUCAAUGUUCUGGAAAACUGUCUAACAGACGACUUUUACAUGAAGACGUUCGAGUGUCCGCAUAAUCGGAAAGCCCUUCAAACGACCGCGACUACCUUGUCCUGUUCGCCGGUUCAAACACUUUUUCAGGCAUCCCACCGAAAUGUAGAAAGCGGCGCAGAGAGAGAGAGAGCUAUGGCGCACGACGUCGGUCGUCGUCUGCCUUCUCAUCGUCCCACGUUCGGCACACGUAGUCGACGGGGAGGUACUUUGCCGAGGUUUGACGGCAUGCUUGACACCGGCUGCGCCUAGAUUUAUCUCUUCCAAGUAGCGGUGGCCUUUUUUACCCCCGAAUGCCAGCUCUGUCUUGGACUCGGAAGACCCAAGAAAGCCUGAGAGUUGAGGAAGACGAGCUGUAGCCCGAGCGUAUAGGCUGCUGGAUCAGCCUCAAGAGUCGCCUGUUCACCAGACCUGCUCGUCCGAUUGGCAAAGUCAAGCAUGCGAGUGAAGCAAGGUCCUUAUGUCGUUCGACAUUUCACCAAAGGCUUUUUCCCUUUCAUUGAUUCUCGGCUCUUCGUCGCCCCAGGACAGAGUUGCCGCUCCCUCUCUCCUCGACAAGAACAACUUCAACGCAACCGCCUGGCUCAGCGCGCAAGCUCCGGCUCGAUCGAUCAAAAAACCCCUGCGUUCUUCCCGAUCAAGCGGCUGUGCGUGGUGAUUACGAAUCCGAAAGCUUCCUCGUGGCAGAACUCGACGUUCUUGCCCACCUACGUCCGCCUCAUUCCUUUUCCUUUUGCAACGAUUUCUCUCGUCCGAUUGCAAGGCCCUGUCACUUUGCCGCAUUCGCGCUUUGCGCUUCCAGGCGGCGGAGGAGCGAACCCCCCUCCCCUUCCGCCUCGAUUUGAUCGAUCCACCCGUGAGCAACGUUCUGUAAGUCGAACAGAAAAACGUUACCACUGUGUUUGUAGAGGAUUCGUACAAGUCUUUGGUAGUUGAAAAGAGAUCGGUGCCGUGUUUGACCAUUUUGCAGAAGAACCCCAGCUAUGGAGUUAGCAGCGAGGGAUGCUAUGCUAAACUUUCCUCCCCAGUUCUUCUUCUUUGCGCGGAAUUUUCAAUGGGAAGAGCACAUGCUCUAAGACUUAGGGAGACAAUCCGAAGAUAUCAUGACGCGAACUCAGUAUCGACCGGAUAAGGAAUACAAAAGUCGCUCAGUGCAUAGGGGUCAUCUAUCAAGCACGCUGAAGGAGUACAAGACAUCAAGUCGAAAAAAUGCAAAGUGGAGGGUGGUAGCUCUAUUUUCACUAUUGCUCUUCAAUUACCGUAC